AUGGCCGACGCCGAGCCAUCCGCCUCGGCCGCCGAGAACACCAACAGCAUCGACACGCCGCUCCCGCCGUCGCCGCCUUCGCCGCCGGUGCCGCCGGUUCCUCAAAAGACCCCCCCCCUGUCGACGGUUCUCGCCGCCGCCCCGUCCCGCGCCGACGCCUUCCUCGCCCACCUGGCGAGAUGUAUGCAGACGCGGGCGGGGGCGGAGACGGUCCUCCUCUUCGUCUGCUACGCCACCCGGCUGGCCGGCUCGGUGCUCGAGGCCGUCGGCGGCGCCGCCCUCAGGCAGUCGGCUCGCCGGCUGGUCGCCCUGGCCUACAGCCUGCCCCCCGCGACCACGGUGGUCAUGGCCUCGGCCGCGCCGCAGCCCUCCCUGGCCGCCCUGGCCCUCCGCCUGGGCGGCCGCUUCAAGGCCCUGUCGGCCGUGGUGAGCGAAACCCGCACCAUGGGCCGGCUGUGGGGCCUGCUCGGCCUGUACUUUGCCGCCAAGCGCCUGGUGCUGAGGUCCCGCGCGGCCGGCCCCCGGCGCGGGAAGGAGGAGGAGGAGAAGCACGACGGCGGCGACGACGACGACGACGACGACGACGACGCGGCUUUCGACACGCUCGUGGCCUGGGCCCAGACCCUGUCGCUCAUCGUCUACCAGGCCGCCGAGAACGCGGCCUACCUCGCCGCCAAGAAGGUCCUGCCGCUUUCGCCGGCCACCCAGGGCCGUCUCGGCCUGGCCAGCGUCCGCGCCUGGGGCCUAUACGUCGCCAUAGAGGGAGCCCGCCUGCUGGUCGAGCGCAGCCGCCGGCGGAGCGGCGGCGCCGCGCCGGCCAAGGAUGCCGACUGGGCGGCCAGAUGGAACAAGAGCUUCUACAGAAACUUGGCCUGGGCGCCGCUCACGGUCCACUGGGGGACGCGGCAGGGCUUCCUGCCGGAUAUUGCCGUGUCGCUCCUGGCUUUCUACCCGUCAGUGGGUGCCAUGGCUGACUUGUGGAGGGAACAAACGGCUUGA